AUGCACCUCGACGACCUGCCCGUGGACAUCGUCCGCGAGAUAUUCGCGUGGUGCGACGUCUACACUGUGCUGCGCCGGCUUAUGCUGGUUUCCCGGGACGUCCGGCGGCUGGCGAAGGAGAAGUCGCUCUGGGUCGUGCUGGUGCGUGACCUGGCGCUCCGCGGGCUGGUCGACGUUGCGCCGCACAAGCCCCCGCUGUCCGCACUGUCUACUCGACAGCUGGUAGCGAUGGUCCGCCACGCGGUAAUCGGGCCGCACAGCUGGCUGCCUGCCCCUAUCUUGCGCCCCGGACGGUCCGAGUCGGGGGCCACGCCAAGCACAACGCGUGCUGUCACGCUGUCCGUGCCGGCGAUUGUGCCCACCGGGAAUGGAUACACGCCGGUCGAGCUCGUCCCGGGCGGGCGCUUCCUCGUGUUCCGCACGCACAUGCUCGACGUGAUGCAACUCGUCGACCUCGCGUCGGGCAAGUGUGUCUGGCAAUCGGCCGAGCGCGCCGGCGACCUGCCGUUCUCGGUGGACGUGUCGGCCGAGGGCGGCGUGGCAAUUAUGGUGGCUGCGAAUAGAGCGGGGCUUGACGGCGCGUACACGGAGAUAAAGGCCUGGCAGUACUCACAGACCACGCGGCUUGUCGAAGAAACGCUGGUCGCAACGCUGCCUGUUGCGGUCCAAACACAGCAUACACUCAUGCUGACGCCGACACAGUAUUGUGUGUUCCGCACCGGAUCACGCGACUAUUACGAGCUGGCAGUGGUAGACAUCCGGCGCGCACGAUUCGCCAUGCUGCGCCGUCCCGCAAAUGACCUCGCAGACUACUGUAUCUUCGGCGAAUAUAUCGCCAUUGCGAGCGGGACAUCCAAGUUCCUCUCCCUGGAAGAGUCGCUUACGCUCGAGAUCUACCCAUUCCGCGCAUUUGUCUGGCGAUCCGUGCACGACUGGGCCACGCCGCUCUCCGAGCUCCUCGGCUCUGUCUACAUCCUCCCGGCGUACAGCCACACGAUUGCCACGCCGUGGCUAGCUAACCUAUUCGUGUCCGGCCUGCCCGACCCGCUGCACGCGGGCCGCUAUCGCCUCCGUGUUGAUACGCACGCGCGCCACGCAAACCCCACCGCGGAGAUGCUCGCCGCCUAUCACGCCGCGCGUGGACCGCACGCCCGCGCGCUUGCGGAGAAGAUCGCACUGCCGUGGAGCUUUACGUACGUCUUCGGCCCGGGCGGCGGGAAUGGCCCGAUCCGGCUCGACGCGCCGACCGCCGCGUGGCGCGCAUCUGUGCUCGACACGGACACGUCUUUUGCGGGGUACGCGCUCGCGCGGGGGCAGCUAGUGGACACAGUCGUCCACCCCGGAGCUGGGCUGUCGUGGAUGCGCGGGCCACGCGUGGUGCCUGUGCAUGCCCGCAGUGCAGGCGACGGCUCGGAGUACGGGACCCCUUGUGCAUUGGCAAGGUACAGUCCGACCGUGGUCAGCCUCGUACCAAAAGCGCCUGAAGACGCAGAGGGAACUCCUGUUGUGCUGACUCUGCUAUAUUUUGAAUGA